UAAUAAAAUUCAUAAAAUAUAUAUUUUAAUAGUUAUCACUAACUUACUUAAAUGUAAUAAGGUUUAAAUCAAAUCCAAUAUAUUGGCAAUAAGAAAACUUAAAUAAAUACGCAUUCAAUGGAAUUGCUAGGGCAUAUAAAAUUCGGUUCGCUGAUGAAUGACGAUUUUAUACAAAACAUUGAUAAUUUAUAGCUCAUACACCGAACAUGACGCAAACGAACAUUCUGGAUUAGAUCCCACGAUUUUCAGCUCUGUCGUACGUCUACCACCGCAGCACAAGCAGUCAGCCAUUACCGACAUCGCCUUCCCUAUUGAAUCAAGCUUUACCUCAUCGGCUCUGACCGGUAAGUUUUCCUUGUUUUCCCCCCUGUUUAUCUUUUUCAUUUCAGGCCGAAAACUCCUAAGCCUCCUUUUAACCCGCCAGGUAAAGUUAUUAAGUUCUUAUUUAUUCAUUUACUUCAUAUCAUUCUUCCUUUCAUUUGAGCAGGUCGGCCUGUCCGGUGGACAGAAAUACCUUUGGUGUUUCGGUUCAUAUGAACGAGUGUGCACUCGAUGACGGCUACUGACUCGGGACACGAUUCCUGUCGCGAUUGGCUGGGCGACCUUUGAGUCCGCCCACUGCCAUGACCGUCUGCCUUGCGUCCCACGCUGUUUUCUCCGCGGGUGAUUCCGCCGUAACUCCUCGUCCUGUCAGGAAGUCCAAGGGAUGUUCUCCUGGCUGGACCGUGGCACACACCGGCUGUCCUUCUGCGUGCCAUAGCCAUGAUGCCGCGUCUGUGUUGCUGAGUCGAGCGUCCCGUCCACUGCAGCAGAGACCAGUGAUCGACGGCGGAAUUGUUGGUUCACGCCGACGGGAAAUAAUGUCAACAAUCCCAACAUUGAUACGCCGCCGACUCAAGCACUGGGCUUCAGCUUCGAGACGUAUGACCUAUGUACUCUACGCUUUGACAGAAACCGAGUCGUAUCCGAUUUCCCACCGCCAGACGGAGCCCUGCCCAGCAUUACCGAGGCCAAUUCAACACAGACAGAGUCCAAUCCCAGCCAGACAGAAUCGUACCCCAGCAGGAUAGAAGCGCACCUCUUGCAAGAUCCGACAAAAUCAAGUCAUCGUCAUCUUGGAAAUGGCCAUCAAGGACUUUGACUGUGGCAACUAUGGGAGCGGCUACGCGGGCUACUAGAUUCUAGAUAGAUCUCAUCGUUGUUAGGUUUAAGGAUAUACAAAGCUAUACAUUUAGAAAGUAGAUAUUAAUGCUGUACACUUGUUUAUUUAUUUAUACUAAGUUAAAUAAUGAUGAAUAAAAGUAUUGAAAAAUUA